AGUGCGAUGUCAAGCUGUCAACUGUAAGCGGCGGAGGGAUGUUUGUAGCGGGAGCGGGGAGACAGGAAGAGGAACACGAGAUUGGGACGGCUCUGGCAGAGAGAGAGAGCACGAAAGUCCAGGAAGUGAGGGAGCUUGUGUUGCCUGUGGUUAUAGAGCGCAAGCGGAUGGAUGACCUUGUCCGCAGCAUUAAGGAUGGACGCUUCAGGGAACAGAAGUUUCGUCUGCAGCAGUGUGGCUUGAGCCGUCCUGUAUAUCUGGUGGAGGAAAGUCAUGGGUCUGUUGCUCCUGGUCUUGGCAUGCCAGAAACAACUUACCUUCAGGCUAUUGUCAACACCCAGGUCAUCAAUGGGUUUACAGUGAAGGUUGUGAGAAGUCAGAGAGAGUCAGCUGCCUACCUCACUAUUAUGACUCGUUACCUUCAGACCAAGUAUCAGAAUAUGACUCUGAGGUCAGCUCAGCUUCAGGAAUUAAAGGGUAACCAGACCUGCCCCUCUUCAGAAAUGGGUAUGUCACUGCUGCCAUUUAGUGAAUUUAAUACUGCAUCGAUGAAAAACCAGCAGCUGACUGUGCAGGAAAUGUUUGCCAAGCACCUUCUACAGCUGCAUGGGGUCAGUGUUGACAAGGCUCGAGCAGUGGUUGACAAGUAUGGGACACCCAGUUUAUUGAUGACUGCCUAUGAGGAAGCAGCCAACACACAUGAAGCCAAGAAAUUACUUGCUGACCUGAAGUGGGGCAAAGCUGGACGAAGUCUUGGUCCAGUGCUCAGUGCCAACAUUGCCAGCCUGUACACCACAUCCGUUCUGCAGUAGUAAUGAAGUGAGCUCAUAAUUUAUUACGCUUCAUCCAUUCCACCACUCUACAAUCCACUCCUUUUGCUGUCACACCCAUACCAAACUGCUCAUACAUGUUUUCAUUACUUUCUCCAUUCCAUCCUGAAACACCACAUGCACCUCUUAUAUAACUCAUUUCCACUGCACGUAUUCUCGAUUGCUGUGCUACAUUCCAUGUCCACGCCUCUGAUGCAUAUCUCUGGGACUGAUAACAAUUACAUUCAAUAGAAUAAGUGACAUUAAUAAAUAUGUAACUUAU